UGCCACAUACAAUUACAAGCAGAGACAGAGAUAGAGAGAGAGAGGAAUAUCCAACAGAUCAUCAUCAGAGAUGGAGUUCCCAGUGAUUAACAUGGAGAAACUAAAUGGCCAAGAGAGAGCAGCCACCAUGGACAAGAUCAAAGAUGCCUGUGAGAAUUGGGGAUUCUUUGAGCUUCUGAAUCAUGGCAUACCAUAUGAGCUGCUGGACACAGUAGAGAGAAUGACAAAAGAUCACUACAGCAAAUGCAUGGAACAGAGGUUCAAAGAAUAUGUUGCAAGCAGAGGCUUAGAGGCUGCAGAAACAGAGAUCAAUGACAUUGAUUGGGAGAGUACCUUCUUCAUGCGUCAUCUCCCCCACUCAAACAUUGCAGAGAUUCCCGAUCUUGAUGAUAUCUACAGGAAUGUGAUGAAGGAAUUUGCAUUGAAAUUGGAGAAGCUAGCAGAGGAGAUGUUGGACUUGUUAUGUGUGAAUCUUGGGCUUGAGAAAGGGUACCUGAAGAAGGCGUUCUAUGGAUCUAAAGGUCCAACUUUUGGGACAAAAGUGAGCAACUACCCACCAUGUCCCAAGCCAGACCUCAUCAAAGGCUUGAGAGCCCACACAGAUGCUGGUGGCAUCAUUUUGCUCUUCCAGGAUGACAAGGUCAGUGGCCUCCAGCUCCUUAAAGACGGCCAAUGGAUCGACGUUCCCCCGAUGCGACACUCCAUUGUCAUCAACCUCGGCGACCAACUUGAGGUGAUCAGUAAUGGCAAGUACAAGAGUGUGGAGCACCGUGUGAUUGCGCAGACUGACGGUGCAAGAAUGUCAAUUGCUUCAUUCUACAAUCCUGGAAGUGAUGCUGUGAUAUAUCCAGCACCAGCUCUGGUGGAGAAGGAGGCAGAGGAGGAGAAGAAACAAGCUUACCCAAAAUUUGUGUUUGACGACUACAUGAAGCUUUAUGCUGGAGUCAAAUUCCAGGCCAAGGAACCAAGAUUUGAGGCUCUGAAAGCUGUGGAGACUAAUGUUCUUCUUGGUCAAACUCCAGUUGCUACUGCUUAAGUUUAAUUUACUGAAAGUCAAAUUUAGUGUCAAAGAUUGGUGUGUCCAAAUAAGAGAGAAGAGAAAGCUCAGUCAUAAGAUCAUUUUUUUAUCUUUUUUCUUCUGAAAUUGGGGUCAAUAAAUGUUUGUUAUUUAUAUGAUAGAAAUAAAAUUUCUUAUUCUUAUAUAUUUA